ACGUCUCAGCUCAUAAUACACGGAUCCGUCGGCCAGCCAACAGCACACCAUCACCAGUUUGCAAUAACUACUCAAGUCUCUACUUCUUUAAUCAGUAGCAACCUUGCCGAGCUUAUUCAUUUCAAAUUUAAUAGGGAAAUAAUCACCAAUAAUCAUGAAUAACAUCGAAAUGUCAAACAGGAAUCCUCAUCCUUUCCCGACGUUGGAGAAUGACACUAACUUUUUCGGUCCAAACACAACACAGAAAAUGCCAUAUGGUGAACCAACACAUAUAGCACAAACAAAAGAUCCUUGGAUGAGACUCAACUCAACAUGCACACUAGCUAGCUCAAGACGGGAAGUUUAUCAUCAUGAUCCUCAGGCUCCAAGGGAUAGUUUGGAUUUCAUUCUCAAGGCAAACUACGAUCAUCACGGUGAAUUACUCAAAUCAAGAUCAGAAACACUGAUGCAACCUGAAACAAUUGGCACCAAUCAUGGGCGUAUCCUGAAAAAUCGAGAGGUAGAAAAGGAGGCAGAGCCCAUGUCACCCACCGGCAAGCUCAAGAUCGUCAGUGUUCACAUCCCCAAGAAAGAGAGUAUCCACAGCGUGAAAGGGGCCAUCGAAAGCCACCAUACCCCGGCUACGAACCAAGGAUUUAUAAGGAAACACGAUGGUGGUUUUUACUUAUGAGAACCUAGCAUGAAGCAAACUUUACUGUAUAGAAUACACAAAGUGUUGGUCUGCUUAACAAGUAAUUUCGACCAUCUACACUGUACUUUCAAAUAAUAUGAACAUUAAUAGGCGUUGCAACCUUAUCAUGAUAGGGCUUGUCAACCUCGGUGAGCUAUCUGAGCUUACAUGCAAGCGAAAAAUGUUGAAUUUCUCUUCACGCGAUCUUAGGAUUGUUUUUACUCUCAUAUGCAUAAAUAAACUUUCAAAAUCAUGUUUCAGACCAUUGGAUUUUAUAAGUCAGAAAAUAAAUUCAACAUUUAUUGGCUGUGAAGCUGGUAUUCAAGAAAGCAAAUGUUUGGGCAAUAUUAUGGAUAGGUGUUAUCAUGACCAAAAUGGAACGAGUAUUGUUCAGAUCAUUGUUUCUGUUCACUUAUUUUUAUAUCUAAAAUUUUCUAACCGAUGCAUAGUAGCCUUUGUAUGUGGAGAGGCUCUUUUAAAUCCGUCCGUUUAUCACAUCAUGGUAUAUAUCAUUACCCACUUUGACAUAAAUAUCUUAUUCAGUAUUUUGGUCCUUUUGGAUGCCGCCAGAAUGUUAACACAAUAAAAGUGCUAUUCUGUUGUUUUUAAAUGAAAGCUAUGCAAACUGUGCUUUUACUGAUAUAAUUGUGUAUUUUAAUUACUAAUUUUUAUAGGCAGAUAAAAUAAUUUUCAUACACAUCUCUCUAUAAAGCGAUAUUUGUGAAUGUAAGCCUUGGAUCAUGAUAUGUAAUUAAACCAUGUACAGAAACUGUAUAGAAAUAUGAGUAAUUAAAGUUAGAAAUAUGAAAUGUAA